AUAAAAUAAUAUUGAAAGCGGUAUCUUUUUUAUUUUUUUUGGGUAAUUAUUGGAAGUAAAGUAAUAGUGAUUUACUUAAUUGGUUGGAGAGAGGAUAGUUGGAAGAAGAGAGCUGCGCGCCCAUAUUCCGUUUAAACUUUAAACACCAUCUCCCACCACCCCCACUUGAUGAACUCAAGAACUUGCAGUUAGUUUUUUCUUGAGAAUCCAAUUCUAAAUACCAUCACCAUGAAUCCAAGAAACCUUCUUGGUUUCUUCGUCUUCUUUAUUAUCUGCAGCCAUUCUCUUGUAUCCUCAGAGAAUAUCACUCUUGAAUUCCCUUUCUUCACUCCACAAGACUUCACUCUUCUCGGAGAUUCUACUCUCCGGAGCGGCGCCGUCCGCCUCACCCGAGAGCUCCGCCUCCCAUCUUCAAGUUCCGGUUCUGUUAUCUACAACUACCCCAUUGCCUUUUUCAAUCCAGAAACCAAUGUCACUGCUUCUUUCUCCACAAGAUUUUCUUUUUCAGUCGACAACAUCAAUCCAUCCUCGUAUGGGGAUGGCUUGGCAUUUUUUCUGUCUCCCAAUAACCGGAGAUUGGGGAGUCCAGGCGGGUAUUUAGGCCUAGUCAAUUCAUCAAAACUGACCCAGAACAGAUUCAUUGCAAUUGAAUUUGACACAAGGCAGAAUCUGGGCUUCAAUGAUCCUGAUGACAAUCAUGUCGGAUUGGACAUUGACAGCCUUGUCUCGUUCAAGACUGCCAAUCCGAUUCUCCAGGCCAUUAAUUUGAAGAGUGGCAAUGUGAUUAGUGCUUGGGUUGAUUACUUGAAUGAGAAAAGGAAGGUGGAAGUAUUCUUGAGCUAUUCCAGUUUUAAGCCAGAGAACCCACUCUUUACUGUGGAUAUUGAUCUUUCUGAUUAUCUAAAGGAGUUUAUGUUUGUGGGAUUUUCGGCUUCUACUGAGGGAAGCACUGAGCUGCAUUAUAUCAAGAAUUGGAGUUUUCAGACACUUGGGUUUCGCCCUGUUAGGCCAAGAACUCAUCCUCAUAAUGUUUCGGACAAUUCUGUGCCCUUAAAGCCUGCUACUCCAUCUGCUGAUCCGAGAAACAGGCAUCAUAAGAGGAUUGCACUAGGCCUUUGGAUUAGUUUUCCAGCCUUCUUUUGUGUGGUUGUUUUGGUGAUUGGUUGGGUUUCUGUGAAGAAGUGGAGAAGCAUGCAAACAGGUAUGAGCUCGGAGGCAGAGCUUGUGACAGGGCCGAGGCAGUUUAGCUACAAACAACUGAAGUCUGCCACAGAAGGGUUUCGCCAAAGCAGGGUUCUGGGGCAUGGAGCCUUUGGCACUGUCUACAAGGCCUUUUUUGUUGAUUUGGGUAUGGUAUCUGCUGUCAAAAGAUCAAAGCAUACCCAUGAAGGUAAAGCCGAAUUCCUUGCUGAGUUAUCAAUUAUAGCUUGUCUGAGGCACAAAAAUUUAGUCCAGCUCCAAGGUUGGUGUGCUGAAAAGGGUGAAUUGCUGCUUGUCUAUGAGUUUAUGCCUAAUGGGAGUCUUGAUAAGGUGCUAUACAAGGCUGAGAAUGGCAACCCGCUGAAGUGGGCAUAUAGAUACAAUAUUGCUGUUGGGCUGGCUUCUGCUCUUACAUAUUUGCAUCUAGAAUGUGAGCAGCAAGUAAUUCACAGAGACAUAAAGUCUAGUAAUAUAAUGUUGGACGGAAGCUAUAAUGCAAGAUUAGGUGAUUUUGGAUUGGCAAGGCUGAUGGAUCAUGGCAAGAGUCCUGUUACGACUCUCACAGCAGGAACUGUGGGAUAUCUGGCCCCGGAAUACCUUCAAUGUGGCAAAGCAACUGAGAAAACUGAUGUUUUCAGCUAUGGUGUUGUUUUACUUGAACUGGCUAGUGGGAGGAAGCCAAUUGAGAGGGACGCUGAACGUCAGAAAACGGUAAACUUGGUGGAUUGGGUUUGGAGACUGUAUUCUGAAGGAAAUAUUUUAGCAGCAGCAGACAAACGAAUGAACGGUGAGUUUGAAGAGGCUGAGAUGAAAAAACUACUGCUCGUAGGCCUGAGCUGUGCCAAUCCAGACAGUGUAGAAAGACCUUCAAUGAGGAAAGUUUUUCAAAUCCUAAACAAUGAGGCAGAACCUUCUGUCGUACCGAGGGUUAAGCCAAGUCUUUCUUUCUCCAACAGUGUUCCUCUUAGUAUCGACGAAAUUGUUUCAGACUGGGAAGAUUGCGGGACACCUGAAUCUCAACUAGAAAUCAGAGUGGGAUCUGCUGUAUGACACUCUUUUUCUUUCCUUCACCAGGUCAUUUAGGCAUGCACGAUUUGAACAAAGUUGGUGAUUUCCUUCCAAAUCGACUCUGCCUUAGAUAUAGAAACAUAAUCUCAGGAAAGAACAUUUAUUACGGAUAGAUAGCAAAUGAACUGUCAAUACCUGUUACUUCCUGUAAUAAAAUCUUGAACUAUUCAUGAACGUGAAGAUCUUAAAAAACAAGUGGAGUAGAGUAUAUGUUGGCAUUACAUUUGAACUUGAGGGCCAUGGACAGUCAUCUAACGCCAUAAGAAUCUGAGAUUUUAUGUGUGCACUUUAGGAUCACUUUGAAGUUGUAUUUCCAUUUAGUGCAUGAUUUUAAAAUUCUUGAUAAUAUUGAGACUAAGAAAUUCAUGCAACACCGGCCUAUUAAUUCCUGUAUCUGUUGUUUUUUUACACUCUUCAUACUCUAUAUCAGAAGUGGUUCUUUUUUUUUUUUUUUAUGCAAAAUCAAGUUUUUAUUUGCAGAUGAAAUUCAGUUCUGAGCUUUUCUACAAGCAUAUGCCGUGGGCCUGCAUUUACUUUUCGUUGUAUUUCUUACUACGACUUAAAAACUAUACGUAACGAAUGUAGACAAUAAUAAACAGGAGAACCAAAUGGAGAAAAAUCGUUACAACAAAGGUACCCUAUAUGAGUACCUCAAUUUAGUUAUAUCCGAAAGAUAUUUGAAUUGCAAAAAUAUCUAAAGAUAUAACUUUG